AUGGGUGAAACCCCGAUGGACCUCGCUAGCAUGGAUAAGCACUGGAAUUUUAGCAACUUUGAAGAAACCGACAUUGCCGCGUAUGUUGUCGCCGUGUGCAUCUGCGGUUACAGCGACAUGGCUGAUAUGGCACCCCUGAGGCUGCGCCGCGACUCGGACCACGACCCUGUUUUCGACUCGGACGGCGAGGACUCUGUAAUGCGCGGCACCUCCCGCGGUUCCGAGUCCAUCCUACAUAUCCCCCCCGGGACGCCCAACCACUGGGCGCUGCUGCUGGAGCUCCAGGGCGGACAGGGCCGAGCCGUCAAGCUUGAAGCCUCCCCGGCGUGGCAGCCGGAGCGGCCAGCACGUGAGGGCACGAUACUUGUGACGUCGCUUGCGGCCGGCUGGCACCAUGGCGACGCCAUUGUCAAGCGACUGCGCUUCACGGUUGUUACGCCCGAGAUGACGGUGCAGGCUGUCAUAGAGAACAUUUGUCACAACGCGCGUCAUCGCUAUCUGUUUACGGACGCGGGCGAGGGGUCACGGUACUGGGUACGCACGGUGAUGGGGGACCUGGAGGAGGCGGAAGUGCUGCGCGAAGGCGACGCCGAUGAUGCCGAGGAAGUGCUGAGCGUGGUGUGGCGGCGCCGCGGCGACGAUGCAGCCUACAUGCCGGAACCGGAGAGGAGCAGCAUCCGACGAGGCAUGUUUACGGACUGGACGAUACGCGGGCCGAUGAAUAAGGGCUUGUUUAGAUCAUUGGGUGGUCAGGCGACACUGCGUUCACUUGAUGAUGUGGUACCUUGCCUACCACCUACCUACCUGCCGCGGGGUCUGCAAGACAUGCGCGUCAACCCGCACAGUGCAGCAGUUCAUCGGAUAAACGGGCAAUUUACAAUUUGCGCUUUUCCCCUCUGCUUCAGUGUUGAAGAAGGCGGGGAGGGGGAAAAGGCAAUCGGUGCCGAAAAGCAACAUUAUGAGGAAUCAAUUUAG